CAGGCUGCAUUGCGCGGUCACUCCAGCCGCAUGUCAGAAGACGCCAGUUGUAGCUUUGUUUGGUGCUGUGCUGUGCUGCGCUACUGCUGCACUGCACUGCGCCGUUUCCUGCGCCUUCGAUAACCACGGGCAAUACUAGUUGUAGUAUAACCUGGAGCAAUGACAUCGUAUCCCAUCUACACGUCCCUCAGUCGCUACGCUACAAAAUCCAUGGACCAGUCAGCAGCAUAACCUUCUUGCAAAGACUCUCGAGUCUCAUUCUGUCUGUCUGCGUCUCGGCUACCAUCGCUACACUGCUGUGCAACAUGUCGCUGAGUCCGCCCGCCUACCUUAGUUCCCUCCAAAACAACAUCCGAGCCCGUCCAAUUCCCUGGGACGGAGCUGUUCGCGCAGGCAAUCUUACAGAAGACCAGCUUAAGAAGAUCCGAUCGGUCGAUAAGGUCCGCAAAGACCAACGAAGGCAGACGAUCGAGCAGGAUGUCAAAAGCUACAGUACCCUAUUAGUUGGUGGUCCCGAAGGCGGCAGCGUCCUCGAAAAGGCUUUCAAGCGAACCGAUAUCAUCCAAUACCUCUUAGUGUUAGCAACAGAUCUGGUCAACGAUGCGCCGGCUCUGGCAACUGCCAUCCUUGAACACCCCGAACCCUACAAAAUCUUUCUAUCCCUACUCAAUCAAUCUGGAAAUCCAGAGGACCCCAUUCCUCUACUCUCGGCCACAUUCCUGGUCAAUAUCAUUGCCAUUUCGUUGAAGACGACCUCCAAGCCAGCGCCACGGGAUGAUGAAGCCCUCCCCCAGCUCUACUCCUACCUUGCGAAGUUGGUUAAGAACCAAGACAGUGGCUUACAAGAUAUCGGAGUACAACACAUGUCACAAGUGCUUCGAACGACGCGGGCGAAAGAGCUAUUUUGGAAGCAGAGGAAGGACACAGUCGAACCGUUGUUUGACAUACUGAGGAAAGCUGUUGGUGCCGCGAAGGACAAUGACUCUACACUGUGGAAUGGAGCUACAAGCAUCAGAAGUAGCGACACCAGAUUCGGAGGCGGUGUUUCGCUUCAGCUGAUGUACCAUGUGCUGCUUGUGAUAUGGCAGCUCAGUUUCGAGGGUGAACUUGUUGGCGAGGGCCUGGAAAAGGACGAAGAGAUUGUGCCGCUAUACACGCAGCUCUUACGGAUGUCACCCAAAGAGAAAACAACCCGUCUGCUUUUGGCCACCUUGAGGAAUUUACUAUCCACGAACAAGGAGACAUUGAUUGCAACAGCUACGACGGCAAGACUUCCCGCGCUUUUGACCAACCUUUCCGGGCGACAUCUGACGGAUCCCGACCUGUUGGAAGAUCUGGAGGCGCUCAAGACGAUGCUGGACGAAUACACCAAGAACCAGACAACUUUCGACGAGUAUGCGGAUGAGGUCAAUUCAGGUCAUCUACGGUGGUCGCCACCCCACCGCAACCACACGUUUUGGAGGGAAAAUGCCCGCAGAAUCAUCGAAGAUAAGAGAGGCGAGCUCCCCAAGAAGUUGGCCGACAUCUUGUCCAAAAACUGGGAGUCUGACAAGCAAGUGCUGGCCAUCGGGUGCAACGACGUGGGUCACCUGGUCAAGGAAGUGCCUGAACACCGGUCGACCCUUGAAAGGCUGGGAAUCAAAGCUCGGCUCCUGGAGCUAAUGGCGGACCCCGACGAGAGUGUUCGGUGGGAGAGUCUAAAGGCUAUAGGGGAAUGGAUGCGAUAUACGUUCGACAAGUGAUGGAAGUAUGAUUGCAAACUGAGUCACGCAGACAUGUUGGACAGAUGUGGAUCAAGCCGUGCACGCCGACUGUGUCGCGAACCACGAGGGACGAUGCAAAUAGAUCCGAGCCUUGACAAGUCACUUGUGCUGUGGCGAGCCUUAUUGAUAUUAAGAGUGUGUUGCAGGUACUGUAGGACGAAUACACUAUUAAGCUGAUGUGUACUGCAGUGGUCAAUUGCUUAUCAAGUAGAUGCUUCACCUAGGUAUAUUGCUACGUGGAUUGUCAGACGAGGCGAGGAAUGGCUCGAUGGAACAGGACGUGGAGCCCUACUCGCAACAAGCCUGGGCUGACCGAUUACAAGGCUAGAGAAUACUCGUCCUACCCAAAGCAAACUUGAAGCAUACAUCAUGCCAGUAUGCUCCUUUACAUACACCAGACUUUGAUAGUCUAAUAUACCUGGAGUGAAAUUACAACUGA